UCUGGUGACUGGUGGUGUAAUGAUCCAACUCGUUGUCAUACCAUUCAGGUUCCCGGGUGCUUCUGUMGUGCCUGGUGCAUGGCGGUCUGCUGGAGAAAGAGCAUCUGUAGCUGAGCAGAAGGAUGGAGAGUUUGGGAUUGCAGGCUGUUGCCCUCAGUGAUGGCUCCACAGCCUACAUUGAACAAGCCAUCAAAGAUGGCAACCUAGUGGAAGGCGAUACUAUUCAGUUGGAGGAUGGUACUACAGCCUACAUUCAGCAGGUCACUAUACAGCAGAAAGAGCCCCUGCCCUUUGAGGACGGCCAGGCAGUGCAGCUGGAGGACGGGACCACGGCAUACAUCCACCACACACCCAAAGAUGGGUAUGAUCCCAGUGCGGUGGAGGCGGUGCAGCUGGAGGAUGGCAGCACGGCGUACAUCCACCACCCCUCGGGCCUGCAGACUGGCAGCACCAUCCUGACUUUGCAGCCAGGGGGUGGCCUGGAGGAGCUAGCUGCAGAUGACACUGUGGACACAGACACCAUCACCACCCUGGAGAACUACGCCAAGAUGACAGGUUCUGAGGUGGAGGUGGAUGAGACCAUGAGCAGUACCAAUGGACUGCAGGACAUAGAGCCUAUUGUACAGGUGAUGGGGUCGUGGGGUUCCCCUAAGGGUCAGCAGACGGCUGAGAAGACAUUCCGCUGUGACUACGAGGGCUGUGGACGUCUCUACACCACAGCACACCACCUCAAGGUGCAUGAGAGGGCUCACACAGGUGUCCGGCCAUACAGGUGUGAUGUGUUGACGUGUGGAAAGGCGUUCGCUACAGGUUACGGCCUGAAGAGUCACCUACGGACACACACUGGAGAGAAACCAUACAAGUGUCCUGAAGACAUGUGCUUCAAGGCCUUCAAAACCUCCGGAGACCUCCAGAAGCAUGUCCGCACACACACAGGUGAGAAGCCGUUUAAGUGUCCGUUUGAGGGUUGUGGUCGUUCCUUCACCACCUCUAACAUCAGGAAAGUCCACAUCAGAACACACACAGGAGAGCGCCCCUACAUGUGCCCUGAACCAUCCUGUGGACGAGGCUUUGCCAGUGCCACCAACUACAAGAACCACAUGAGAAUACACACAGGGGAGAAGCCCUACCUGUGUACAGUCCCUGGUUGUGGGAAGCGAUUUACAGAGUACUCCAGCCUGUACAAGCACCAUGUGGUUCACACACACUGCAAACCUUACACCUGCAACCACUGUGGCAAAACCUACAGACAGACCUCCACGCUGGCCAUGCACAAACGCACCACGCACGGCGACUUUGAGGCCACAGGGGACGGGGAAGAAGCGGUGGAUGACCAAUCACAAGCCUCCUUCCUGGAGGGGGCGGAGCAGAAAGAGGAUGGGACGGAUUCCCAGGUUAUCAUUGGUUCACAGGUGGGUCUGUCGACAGAGGACCUACAGGCACUCAGUACGGCCAUCACCAUGGUAACGCAGGACGGCACAACCAUUUCCCUGCCGACCCACCAGACGGACAUGGCCUCCAUGGGACACCACCACAUCACCAUGGUUACAGGGGAGGGCAAGGAGCUGCAGCCGGUUGCCAUAGUGACAUCGGAGGGUAUUAUGACAGGCGGCUUGCAGGGCUCCGGCCCUCACUACCAGCAGGUCGCACUGCUGGCCACAGCUAACGGCACCCAGAUUGCUGUUCAGCUGGAGGAGCAGCAGACGUUGGAGGAGGCCAUCAGCAUGGCGACAGCUGCCAUCCAGCAGGGAGGGCUGGUUCAGGACGAGGACACAUGAGGGGAGCUGCUGAGACACACCUACCCCCCCAAACAGAGCAUCUUUCCCUGGGUACGACACGGUACCUGCUCCCCUUAGCGCCAACCAGCUCCACAGCACUCCUGGAGCCCUGUCUCCUGCCACAGACACAGAGUGAGCAGAACUCCUAUCUCAGAACUCAGAACCAAUCAGAGAGACUUCGAGAAGCCGUUGUCAUGGAUACUGGCUUUAGAAUGUUCAGAUGUGAGCAUGAGCAGGUUGAUCUUUCUUUGUUUUAGCCACAAUACAGUAGCAUACUCAUCCUGCUGCUUCUGAGAAGCAGCACCUGCACUAAAGCUAGCUCCAGUUUGAUUUUACCUCUAUUCUUCAUAAUCAUGAUACAAUAAUGGAUUAAAGCAUCUGCUAAAUGGCAUAUCAUGAUACAAUAAUGGAUUAAAGCAUCUGCCAAAUGGCAUAUCAUGAUACAAUAAUGGAUAAAAGCGUCUGCUAAAUGGCAUAUCAUGAUACAAUAAUGGAUAAAAGCGUCUGCUAAAUGGCAUAUCAUGAUACAAUAAUGGAUUAAAGCAUCUGCUUAAUGGCAUAUCAUGAUGCAAUAAUGGAUAAACGUGUCUGCUAAUGGCAUAUCAUGAUACAAUAAUGGAUAAAAGCGUCUGCUAAAUGGCAUAUCGUGAUACAAGAACGGAUAAAAGCAUCUGCUAAAUGGCAUAUCGUGAUAGCAGACGCUUUUAUCCAUUCUUGUAAAUGGCAUAUCGUGAUACAAGAACAGAUAAAAGCAUCUGCUAAUUGGCAUAUUGUGAUACAAGAACGUUUGUUUUGGUUUUGUAUUUCUCUGACUGCAGUGAGUUUUCCAGUACUGUGUACUUCUGCGUCUACUCUGUUUUGGUUUGAAGAGUGCUCUUAAACAGAUGGAUUCUUUCAACUGAAACACUUGUGAAACUGUUCAGAGGUAGACUGUCCGUCUGAGGAGCUAAAGGUUGGCCACGUCAUUGAAGAAAUGAACUGCAAAACUACAGAGCCCAAUAUCAGCGGCAUCAAGCUGCGACGUGUAUCUGGAUCUAUGCUGAUGUUGCCGAGGUGUACAUUUGUCAAUAAAUAGCUUUACCUUU